AUGAUGCAAAUUAAUAUAUUUCUUUAUGCUGUGCUCUUACCUUUGCACAGUUUUGGAGCGACUGCUUUAUCCGGUAUACCUGCGCUUUCCCAAUCAUUAACUUGCGAUUCGACCAUUCAAUCUGCAAAAGGUUUCUGGACUAACUUGGCUGAGGUCAAAACUAUUCAAUAUAUCUCUGAACUAGGAAAGGAUUCUUACGCAACCACUAUUGGGACUACCGUCGGUUUCAAAGCGUCCAAAAACGGAUGGUAUUUUGAGUCAUGUGCUGGGUCUUCUGGAAAUAGUGCACCUGAACCUGUUAUGAAGUUCAAAGUUGAGGUUGAAGUCGUCUAUGCUGACCACAAGGGAACCUUUGUUUUUUGGGAUAAGGAUUGUAUUCCUUUUACAAAAAAGACUGCUAAAGAAUUAAGAGAGAUUAUGAAGGAGGCUGGAGAGGACAACCCAAAAAUAUGGCCUGCUCAUCUAGAUGUUUUGUUGAAUAAAGAAUUUGUGUUCCGUGUCAAGUAUCAAAGACAGUUCCAACAAUUCUCUAUCGUGAAAAUACUUGACGAGGACGGCCUAUUCGCCAAGUUUGACAAAUACCUCACCCCGGAUGAGCUCACACAAACUUCUGAGCAAUCAAUCUGUGCUGAAGCAUACUCAGCUGCUAACCCGACUUGGAGCCCAGAGGCAAGCUCCAACAGUACUCCAGCCAAGAGGGUAUCAGAGUCAACCUCAUUUAACGAUCCAAUCCAGCCUGAAGAGAUAACUCCCAAACAAUCAGCCACUAAGGCCAAGAAUGGAAAGAAGAUUAAGCAUUUGAAGAAAGAAUAA